UGCAUUAAAACCCCUCCAAAAACCUUUCUCCAAAAGCAAUGGCGCUACUAUCAACUCCUCUGGCUCUUCUUCUUCCUCCGUCUCAUCCCUUGUCGAUCCCUCCAAAACGGCAGCGUUUUGCCUCGCUGAGAGUUAAUAACGGUAGUUCCUUCUCUAAUAAUGGCUGUUUUGCCAGAAGAAAACUCAGAGAAUGUCAGCAAUCCGUUUUCGCAAACCGAGAAGAGCUUGAUUUCGACGCUGUCAACAUUGCCGAAGACGUAACUCAGUUGAUUGGAAGGACACCAAUGGUAUACCUCAACAAAGUUACAGAUGGAUGUGUGGCAAACAUUGCUGCAAAACUUGAAUCGAUGGAACCGUGCCGAAGUGUCAAGGACAGAAUUGGUUAUAGCAUGAUAUCUAGUGCCGAGGAAUGUGGAGCUAUAUCUCCUGGGAAGAGUAUACUGGUUGAACCGACUACUGGAAAUACAGGACUUGGUAUUGCUCUUGUUGCUGCAACUAAAGGAUACAAACUUAUAGUCACGAUGCCUGCAUCCAUAAAUAUUGAAAGGAGAGUCCUUUUACGUGCAUUUGGAGCGGAUAUUGUUUUGACAGACCCAGAUAAAGGUCUGAAAGGGGCUGUUGAUAAAGCCGAAGAAAUUGUCCUCAGCAUGCCAAAUUCGUAUAUGCUUCAGCAGUUUGAUAAUAAUGCUAAUGCAAAGAUCCACUUUGAAACUACAGGACCAGAAAUAUGGGAGGAUACUAUGGGUACUGUUGACAUGCUAGUUGCUGCUGUUGGAACUGGUGGUACUGUUACAGGGACUGGGCAUUACCUGAAAAUGAUGAACAAAGAAAUAAAGGUAAUAGGUGUGGAACCUGCAGAGAGGAGUGUCAUUUCAGGGGAAAAUCCAGGUUAUGUGCCAAGCAUUAUGGAUGUUAAUCUGCUUGAUGAGGUUAUCAAGGUCACCAAUGAUGAAGCUAUCCAAAUGGCUAGGAGAUUAGCUUUGGAGGAAGGUUUGCUGGUUGGUAUUUCAUCAGGAGCUGCCACAGCUGCUGCAUUAAGUUUAGCAAGAAGAUCUGAGAAUGCUGGAAAACUUAUUGUGGUUGUAUUUCCAAGCUUUGGAGAGAGGUAUAUUCCAACUGUUCUUUUUGACUCAAUUUACGAAGAGGUUAAGAAAAUGCGAGAAAGAUGAUGAGAAGCUAUUCAUGGCUUCUGCAUCUUUCAAAAUUAUCAAGUCAAUCUUCAGAUGAUGGAGCAAAAUGUUGCCACCUUAUUCUUUUAUAGGAACAGUAUUCAUGUGUUAGUUCAGAUUUUCGAGAUGUUUGAUGCAUAUUCUGUAGCUGCAUCCUGUGCUGUUUGAUUGCAGAUCUCAGAGAUCUAAGUCGGAAGGAAUCUAAGUUCCUCCUUAACAAAUAGCCAUUGAUCAUUCGGCAGAGCUUUGUUCUUGUUGACAUGUAAAAUCCACAGAUAGGUAAUGAGAUGCAAAGAUAUUAAAAUGAUCAAAGAAGUGAAGAAAUGCUGUCAGAAAGAUUUUGCUUCUAAGCUCAUGUGGACUUGAAAAGUUUUUGCCUUUCAGUAUUCAUGUCAGGAUUCACGAGUCUGCAGUAAGUUGUAGGAAACCUGUGAUUGUUUGUGAACUCUAUAUGUAACUUUUAUAAACAACUAAUCUUUGAAAAUUUUGGAAUAUUAUGUUGUUACAUAAACGCAGAAAUAAUUUGUAGAUGUUGGUCAUCAAAUUAAAAUCAAGGCCUUCCUUUCUCUCUA